AAGAGGAAGUGUAGUUGGUGUUGAUCGAGCUGCCACAGAUCCCUCAGGAGGAGCUCUGUGCGCCACGUGAUCCUCCUCCAGCCUCAGCUGUGGUCACAUGACAGCGCAGUCACACUGCUGCGCGUCCCCUGCUGCUCGGACCGAAGGGAAAAUGUCUGUGGUGAAGCUGGAGGAGUGUCGAGAGCGUCUUCGCACAGAACUGGACAAUGUGGUGGACUUCUGGCUCAGAUACUCUCAUGACAAUGUGCACGGAGGAUUUUUCACUUGUAUUGGGAAGGAUGGGAAGGUUUACGACGAGCUGAAGUAUGUCUGGCUGCAGGGUAGACAGGUGUGGAUGUAUUGUCGUCUGUACCGAACCAUGGAUCGCUUCCAUAAGCCUGAAAUCCUUGAAGCAGCAAAAUCUGGAGGGGCAUUCCUGAGAAAGUUUGCUCGUGUUCCUGGUACCAGCAGUGGCCAGUGGAAGUGUGCUUUCUGCCUAACAAGAGAUGGCAAAGCAGUUAAGAUUCAGAGGACUAUAUUCAGUGAGUGUUUCUACAUCUUGGCCAUGGAUGAACUGAGCAGAGUCACCGGUGACGAGGAUAUGCAGCUCGAGGCUGAGAAUAUGAUGAAGCAGCUAAUCUACUGGGUUCAGAAGGACUCAUCAGGCCUGGGCCGGCCUCAGCUUCCUGGAGACAUUCCUACCAACAGCAUGGCAGUUCCCAUGAUGCUGUUGUGUCUAGUGCAACAGCUAGUGGAAGGCCGUGGACAGGAGGUGGUUCAGAAGUACAGAGAGCUGGGCAACUGGUGCGUACAGCAGAUUCUACAGCACAUCCAGAGAAACGGCACUGCUGUUCUAGAGAACGUGUCACCAGAGGGCAGUGAGCUGCCAGGUUGCCUGGGCCGACUGCAGAACCCAGGCCAUGCCCUGGAAGCAGGCUGGUUCCUGCUUCAGUUCAGUGCAGAGUGGGGUGACGAGGAGCUCCAGAGGACGGCCAUCGACAAGUUUGUGGAGCUCCCUUAUCAGUACGGCUGGGAUAAAGAACAUGGUGGUCUCUUCUACUUCCUUGAUGUGGAUGGUCACUGUCCCACACAGUUGGAGUGGAGUAUGAAGCUGUGGUGGCCUCAUUGUGAGGCUCUCAUCGCCUUCCUGAUGGCCUACAGUCAAACCAAGAGGCCAGAGCUGCUGGAAAGAUUCUUUCAAGUUUAUGAAUACACCUUUAGCCAUUUUCCUGAUGCUAAGAGUGGCGAGUGGUUUGGCUAUUUGACACAAGAGGGGAGAGUGGCUCUGGAUUUAAAAGGUGGUCCCUUUAAAGGGUUCUUCCAUGUGCCUCGCUGCCUGUACAUGUGUGAGUGUAUUCUGGAUGAUCUGCUGGCAACCAAGGACUCAGCAAUCUGACAUGAAUGUUAUGAUAAUGGAACCGAAUCAGAUGUGUCGCUCCAUGCACAAAAUCAAACCACAAUAAUCAGGUUAUAAAGCAAAAACGCACUAAUUCUUGAAAAGCAACUGCUGUAAAGUUAUCUUGUGUCAUCUCAUCACGUAGAUGCAGUCACUGAACACCUCAUGAAGUUAGAUAGAUGAAUAGAUAAACAGAGAGACAGAUUUUAUGAGGUGCUCAUUGACUCAAACGUCCAAAUUACAGGAGACAACGAUCCAGGAUAUCUAAUAUUACAGUCUUGGAUCAUGCACUUGACACUCUGACUGAGAGAUAUAGGAUAUAAAAAUGGGUAAUUCCUACUUGACCUGGCUUCAUGACUGUGGUUGGUGAAAGGAAACCUAUGCAGACCUGGGAAGGACCAACAACCUCCACACAAAAACCUGGAUCGAGCUCUGACCCAGGACCUCUGUCGCUGUGAGCCAACAUUGUUAACCACUGAGGCUCUUUCCCUGCCUCUUCAUCCAGACGAAAACUUUAACACCAAAACACUCCAGUUUUAUAUCAACAUGUGCCUUCUACAUGCACACUGGACUUUUGAGCCAGACGUUUAAAAGCGCAUUUUUAUUUUCUAGUCAUUCCAGUUAAUUCAGCUAAUGUAACAACUCUGCUACAUGUGUAUUUUUUUCAUACAAAUUGCUAUACUUAAAUAUUGGUGAUCCAUAAUGUAUGUUGGAGAACAGUCAAAAGGGAAAUGUGUAAGAUUUGGGCAGAAUUUGAGUUGAAAACAAAAAACUGACAUAACAUUAUCAACAGAGUGUGAAGAAACAACAAUAUGUCAAAGAUAUCUGUGUACUGUGUAGCAGAGAUGUGUACUGGAGUUAGCAUGCUACCCAGGCUUUCCUAGUAAUAUCACCUUGAAUCACAAGAGGUAAAAGUUUGACAGCCCCUGAAAUUUCAGCUGGGAGAUACUACAGUGGCAAGUCUGUUAUAAUUCACAGGUGUUCUUUGCAGUGUAGUGAAUGAACAAAAUAAACUUGCAAAAUGAAAGAAAAGAAAAACUAAAUUUCUUACUGAAUAGAAAAGUGCAACCAUACAUCAUCUGAAAUCAAGUUACUCUCUGUCACCAAAUUAAGACAAGUUUAAUUGCCUCGUUAACUCAUUGUUAAGCAUUCACAAUCAUACUAUCAUUCUUGCACUUGUUAAAUAUUCAUAUUCAUAUAACACAGUCUUGGUUUAUCUUUCCACAGUCACAUCUGGUUUGAUUAAAAUUAAUCCUUAAUUCACAGAAUAAGAUGUGAAAAUAUAUCCACGCUGUUUUCAACCGCUGAUGCCCGACUCCCUCUCUCUUCUUUACCGCUUCACGUCUUGUCUACAGAGUCAUAGUCCUGUAUGCCUGUCACCUCAAUACUGUAUGCCCUGUCUUCAGACAGAUCUCUGUUGGCCUUGUAGGCUAUGCUCAGUGACCUUUUUUAGUGUCGAGCAGUGUUCACUGUCAGGCUGCUAAACCCAGCUGAGCCCAGUCUCCUGCACUAAUUCUGACCUGUGAUCCAAGGUUACUGUACAGGCUAACCCAAGGGCCACAGGCUGCACAGCCGCUAAUUAGCUAAAAGUAUCUCGCUUCAGCCAAGGAUGGCUAGCAGAGAGCAGUAGUUGUCAGUUACUCUGGUCAUAUGCUGCCCCCAUCAAAUUCUGGCCAGAUUUUACAAAUGACUUCUUUAAAGCUACAGUAUUGUAUUGCUCAGGACAUGUGUGGCAUCCGUAGACAUGAUGGCCAGUAUAUUAAUUGCAUAAUAAGAUAUUACAGCUGAUGAUUAAAUGGAAAAUAUGAUGUAUGGAAAUGGUAGACGAUUAAAAGACCUUUUGUGAAA